UUUAAAUUAAUACCUACGUAAUCCAAGAAGUUAUUUAUUAUUUAAUCAAAUGGCAUUUAUUGGGUAUGUAAAGUAAAAGUAAAGUAAAUAAGAUUUUUUAGGUAUACAUUAAAACUGAGACGUAAUCAAUAAUAUGAACUCACUACAAGAAUUACAGGCAAUUAUUAAAUCCAAAGAUAAUUUCACUAAAUUUGUCAUAAAUUCUGAAGUACCGGCUGUCUGCAAAAAUGAACCUUGCAUGCUCGGAGUGGAUGAAGCAGGCCGUGGUCCUGUGCUCGGACCUAUGGUGUAUGGAGUAUCCUACUGCCCUCUAAAUCGAAAGAGUAUUUUGGAGGAAUUGGGCUGUGCUGACUCUAAAGCUCUUACGGAAGCUAAAAGGGAUGAAAUAUUCACAAAGAUGUUGACUGAGGAAGACAGCCUCAAUAAUGUUGGCUGGGCUGUUGAAGUCAUAUCACCUAAUUACAUUUCCAAUUCAAUGUACAGACGAGCCAAAUGUUCAUUAAAUGAAGUGUCAAUGAAUUCUGCAAUAGAUUUAAUUAAGAAAGCUGCAGAAAGUGGUGUCAAUAUUACAGAAGUUUAUGUGGACACAGUGGGGCCUCCAGAGAAAUAUCAAACAAAAUUAUCUGAAAUAUUUCCUUCUUACAAAAUAACUGUGGCGAAAAAGGCCGACUCCAUCUAUCCCAUAGUAUCAGCAGCAAGUAUUGUGGCUAAAGUAACCAGAGAUCAUGCACUAAAAGUAUGGCAUUUUAAUGAGGGACUACAAUUGGAUCACACAGAAUUUGGCAGUGGAUAUCCGGGAGAUCCAUUAACAAAGAAAUUCAUACGCGAUCGAAUCGAUAACGUUUUUGGAUAUCCGCUUUUGGUACGGUUCAGCUGGUCGACAGCAGAACUCAUGCUGCAAGAGAAAGCGGCAGCGUGCACGUUUGAAGACGUAGACGACCUUGGCAAAGGAAAAAGUAAAAGCACCAAAACUAUCAGCUCAUUUUUCACGCUAAAGACCGAAGACAGUAAGCCUCGUAAAAGACAUAAGUUUUUUGAAGAGAGGCAUUUAAGCACUUGCACUGAUUUUGAUUAAAAGAUUUGAACAUGUACA